AUGUCGGCGGAGAUCGAGAAUGUCGCCCUUCCCGUCGACCUCACUGCUUUUGUCCUGACACCUGACCUCUGCAACUCCGACAAGGUUUCCAGGAUCGGUCCCAUUACACAGCCAAACUAUGUCGGCCUUCGACUUGAUGAGGCAUUGAUGAGGCAUGACUUGGUGGACCACGUCGACUUCCAUCUGACCCAACCGGCGGACAAGAACCCCCGACUCACAGACAUUGGAGCGAAUCCACCCCAACUUCGACGCAAUCGAGUCGGGGUCUACCUCCACUGGAGCCUCCCGCGAUGCUAUCGUAGCGGGAAAAUGUCCGGCGACAACGUGCCGGACUCGCCCCCCGACGAGGAGCAGCCGGAUAGCAGCAGCCCGUCCUUUCCAAUAGUCCCCAAUCGAUGGUUAAUCGUGCGGAGAUUGGCAAGUCAGGAGAGCGACGACGGGACCGUCCUCCCAGAGUUUCAAACCUGGAUCAUUGAGAGUAACCGUAAACGCAAAGUCCAAGACAUUCCGGACAAUGUCGAUCUCGAAGUAGACACUACUCCCUUCAUUGCGGAUGACCCAAGCGCGGAUCAAAACAGAAUUUUGGAAGCCCAGGCUGAAGUAUUUGUCGGACAGAGGCACCAGUAUUCCGGCUGGGGGAGCGGUAACUCGCCCUGGAACGAGCAAGAGACAUCUGCCCAAAGCCCCAACUUUAUUGAUUUGACCGUACUGGGGUCAUCAAACCCUCUCUUCCCAGACUAUGUCCCCCACAAUGCAGGUGCGUUCUCUCUGGUGGACUCAUUUGCGUAUCUAUUGGGAGAUGGGAAGACCAAGAACUUGGUUUCGGCGGAGGCAGACUACUUCGUCGUUGGCUGGCAUUCGUUGUCUGAGAAUGAUCCGUUGGCAACUCGGCCAGAAAACCUGCCGCUCAGUGUUAGCUUAAACAAUCUCAAGCUGGGCCUGGAUCUGGACAAGCUGAGAGAUGUGUCCGAGGAAGAAAAGGCACACAUCCAAGAAAUCCUCGCGAGUGAUUUGCCCACGAGAGCCCUGUUGCACGGCUCACUGUACUCGGUCAAAUACAGUAUGGAUCCUGCCAAGUAUGCGACCAAAAGCAUGGCCGAAGAGGCCGCGGCUAAAUUCACCAAAGAUUUCACGAUGGAGCCAUUAUCGGCUGGAGUGACGCCACUGGACGGCAUCAUCACGUUCCUGCGCGCCCACGAAAAGGAGCACAUUGACAUCAUCAUCGGUGACGGAGCGGGCGAAGCUGCAAGCUACAUACUCAACAUCGCGGAUCUUCUGUACGCCGCCGACGAUUCCUACAACGAGCGCGUCAAGGCGCAAGACCUGAACCUGUACGAAGGCCAUUUUGCGGGCUCCACCGUUUCUGGAUAUCAAUGGGACUUUGCGGAGAAGACAAAGCCUGGAGAGCCUCCGAAGGAGGCAGAUGACGACCAAGUGACAGAUCUGAUGGCGCUCAACGAAAAACAAGGCAUUCUUGAUGCCGUUGAGCGGAAACUGAAGCAGCGAAGGUGGGACCUGUUCUCGGAAUGGUGGAAAUACGUCAGCGACAAGAGCAACAUCAACGAGGCCACGGAAGCGGAAUUCAAGCAGCGCGUCCAGGCCCUGCAAGCCGAGAUUUCGGGGCCAGAGCAUGGGCUCGAAACCCUCCUGGCAAGCCUGCGGGCCAGCAUCGUCGAACUGUCUGGUGGCUCGACCGGCGAGAACAACGAAAGCCUUUACAAGCGGACGAAGCUGCCGUCUUUCUAUACUCGCAAGGAGCCCACGAUAUGCGUUGCUGGCGUGGAUCCUGGAUGGCCGGCAGAUUUUAUGGACCUUCUUCAGGUGCGGUUGGAUAGCCAGUUCAAAUCCGAUGAAGCGAAUGUUCGAGGGCGGAUUUUUGGGAAUUCCGCAAAUCCUCUGCCCGCUGCAAUUCAAUCGACGGCGGAAAAGAUUCUGGGGGUGUGUCUCAGCAAGAUCAAGUCGACCACUAACCCGGACCCCAUCUACGAGAAAGGGUUCCAAGACUGGGGAAACACGAACCCGUUUUCGCCGCUGUUUGUGGAAUGGGAGGCGAUAUACUACCACAUCGACCGAUCAAAGUGGACCGUGGAUGUUCGGCCCAGCCCUGUAGGACUCCCGCAUUCGCUCGUACGCUAUGGCGUGAAUGAGCUUCUGGCGGGCAACGACGAGAAUCAGCGCGAUUUCAGAUACAUCAGCGGCAGGGUGAUGAUCCUCCCCCAGCCCAUCUUUUCCUUGCAGGCCGCCGUGGCGAGUGUUCUGGACAGCAACGACCCGGAAAUGGACCUGACGGAAGAAGAAAUCCAAGUGAUUCAAGACCAAAUUAAGAAAUUCAAGUUCAUCUCAUGUCCUCUAACGGGCAUUGUCCACCAUCUUCUCACGAGAUCCUUGGGCACGCAUGUCAAGCCAACCAUGACGCGGCAAGGCAGGACCACGACGGGUUUGCACGAGGCCGUGAGUGUAUCUCAUCCCAUCGGCUUCGACAGCGUUCAAAAGAUCGGACUAAUCAACACUGAGAGUGAUCUGACCCCGUACGGCAACUUGUUGAACUUUGCGACAGAAACAUACCCCCAGGCCCCCUUCAAGGGAGUCAGACAUGGCCAACUCAUGCUCACGAAGCUCAAUAUCGUCGACAAGUUUGGACAGGCGGUCGCGUUGCCACCCCCGAAGCCCAAACUUCGCAUUCCCGAGCUCCCACCGCCGUCUGUCCACCCGUGCCUGAGCGACUUCCUGAUGCCGGACAUCCUCGACGGGGCUCUCAAUACGGUAUAUCCGGAGCCCGUUCAAUCGGAUGGCGACUGGCCACUGAGCCGAUUCAUGCAGAUUCCACCGGCCAUCAAUCAAGACGCGCGCAUCAACGCAAUGUUCCUGACCCCGACCGAGAGCUUCCCUCACUGGCGGGAGACCAAUCUCGACGCCCAGGAAUCGCCAAUCUUCGGCUGGAUCGUCAUCAACUACCAAAACCUAGGUCUCCAGUUCUUCCGCCCCGACGGCCGCUUCUAUCUUGAAGUCCGCAUAGGCGGACCAGAAGGCACAAACGUUGGCAGCAAGUGGCUCCCGUUCGACCCCCCGUCCACAGUCGACACGGGGAGUCCCCAGCUCGACGAACUCAUCUCACGGAUGCGAGACACCGAAUUCCUCCUUUCCUUCUCGUACAUGAUCAACUCGGCCAUCAAAACCAUGCCGUACCCACCUUCCGAUUACUCCGAAUAUGCCAACUCCAUUGUCGGCAAGCCUCUCGCCCUCGUCAACGUGGGCUGGUCCCUCGAGCUCGCCAUCCCCCCGCUCACAGCCCAAAACACACUCGGCAACCGCCCCACUGACGAAGCAGCCGACCUCCUUUCCUACAACUUCCCCAUUAAAAUCGGUGACGCCGACCGCCCCUUCGACGGCGUCCUCGGUUACUUCCGCUCCAACAACAUCACUCAGGACCACACGCCCGGCGUCGACCCCGGCCGCACAGACUGGUCCAAGCUCUACACCUACUUCCCGGAUCCGGCGGCGCCCGCCGACACCGUUUUCGACAUCACUGCCGACCGCUUCCCCACCCUCUCCCCCACUUACGUCGACCCGGUCACACGCGGCGACGGGUCAUUCCACGCUCUGAACUCCAACGAAACCAUCUCCAGCACCCCCUUCCCGAACUACAUGGCCGCGCGCACCGCCCAAUCCCGCAUUGCAACCCUCCUGAUCGACCCUUACAUCCCCGUCCACACCUACUCCCCGAUCCUCCCUGUCAAAGCCCUCCAGCUGCCGCCUUGGUCCAUCCAGCGUGCCAUGACGCGCAUGACUGCCUUCUUCCGCCUCGGCCCGCUUCUGCUCUCCCGCGACGUGCCCCACACGUACGACGCCGGUCGGCCGCUCGACGUCGAUUCAUUGGCGACACAACUGCCCGACGAUGUGCCGCCCGUGCGCAUACCCGUGUCGGGGAAGAAGGGGCUCUGGCGGUGGCUGCAGCCGUAUGACAUCGAGCAAGCGGGAGGGGUAGUUGCGACGGAUGCAGCCAUGGUGUCGCGCUUCAACGCGCUGAACGUUGAGGAGGAGGAUACGCGUAUCAGGAAAGAUGCGGCCCCAUACACGUUCGUUGAGGGGUAUUUGCAGCUGGCGCGGCCAUUGCUGAAUGGAGAGGUGAGAGGGAUUGUGUAA